AUGCCCAGGCCUAGUAUGAUCCAGGAUUGUGGUUUCUUGGAAUUCCCGUAUUUGGGUGAUUACUUGUCUUGGCGGUGUUGGAGGGAUAAAAAGCCUAUCCGGUGUCGGUUGGAUAGAGCUCUAGGAAAUGAAGACUGGCAUGCUCUUUUCCCGGAUACCGUGACAGAAUAUUUGCCGAUGGUGGCGUCUGAUCACAAGCCCCUGUUAGCGUAUAUAGGCGCCAAACAUCCCAAGGGGAAGAGGCGGUUUGUUUUUGAUAGACGGUGGAUUGGGAAAGAAGGAUUAAUGAGUACCAUUUCUUCGGGCUGGGGAGCGGAUGGACAGAAUGGGCAGGGACUUUUUGUGGACAAAGUGGUGAACUGUCGGCGGUCUAUCUCGCAGUGGCGGAAGACACAGGUGCCAGUCGGCCGGGAUGCAAUAGAUAUUAUUACAAGGCAGCUAACGGAAGCACAGGCAGAUGAUGCAACAUCCCCGGAAACGAUAACGGUUUUGACCAAUCAAUUGAGGGAGGCUUAUCGGGAUGAAGAAAUUUAUUGGUAUCAGAAGAGUCGGAAUCGAUGGAUGCGGGUAGGAGAUAGGAACUCCAAGUAUUUCCAUGCACAAACGAAGCAGCGCAGAUCACGGAACAGGAUAGUGGGACUUUUUGAUAAAAACAAUGUGUGGUCUACGGAUGAUGAGACGAUUUGUAACACGGCGGUUUCAUAUUUUCAGGAUUUAUUCUCCACAAUUGGACCGGCUAAUUGUGAUGAGAUUCUAGGGGAAAUUGCUAGGGUGAUUACGGAUGCGGAUAAUGCUUUCUUGAAUAGUCCGGCUACGGAGAAAGAGGGUUCUUUUGAUAAGCGGCUCAAUUCCACGCAUAUUUCUCUAAUUCCGAAAGUGCCGAAACCAACUCGCAUGGCUGAGCUACGGCCUAUCAGCUUAUGUAAUGUGGGUUAUAAGAUCAUCUCAAAAAUUUUAUGUCAACGGUUAAAACGGGUGUUACCAACUCUUAUCUCGGAAACUCAGUCUGCUUUUGUCCCCGGUCGGUUGAUUUCGGAUAACAUUCUGAUUGCCCAGGAAAUGUUCCAUGGGCUUCGGACAAACAAUUCUUGCAAGUCAAAAUUCAUGGCGAUCAAAACGGAUAUGAGCAAAGCUUAUGAUCGGGUUGAAUGGAGUUUUGUGGAGCAAGUUCUCCGGCAAAUGGGUUUCUCAGACCGAUGGAUAUCCUGGAUUAUGUACUGCGUGUCAUCGGUGGAUUAUAAGGUUUUACUAAAUGGACAACCACAUGGUUUCAUUCAGCCGGCAAGGGGUUUACGACAGGGGGAUCCUUUAUCACCUUAUUUGUUUAUUCUUUGCACGGAGGUGCUAAUAGCAAAUGUUCGGAAGGCAGAACGGGAAAAACUGAUCACCGGUAUUAAAGUGGCAAAUCAAUGCCCACCUAUUACUCAUCUUCUUUUUGCGGACGAUAGCUUAUUUUUCUGUAAAGUUACUAAGGAAGAGUGUGAGGCUAUUUUAACGGUUCUGCGGUCAUAUGAAGCGGUUUCUGGUCAAUUGAUAAAUUUGGAAAAAUCCUCAAUUCAAUUCGGUCACAAGGUCCCGGAGGAUACAAAGGCAGAGUUACAGUCGAUUCUUGGCAUAUCUAAAUUAGGUGGCAUGGGAUCCUACCUGGGGAUCCCCGAGAGUUUGGGGGGUUCAAAGACGAAGGUAUUCUCUUUUGUUCGGGAUAAGUUGCAGGGUCGCACUACUGGUUGGUCGGCCAAACUGCUUUCAAGGGGGGGAAAGGAAGUGAUGAUAAAGUCUGUGGCCACGGCUGUUCCGACUUUUGUGAUGUCCUGUUUUCGCAUUCCGAAAACCAUAACGUCAAAAUUAACAAGUGCCAUUGCAAAUUUUUGGUGGAGUUCAAAUGGACAGUCUGGGGGUAUGCAUUGGUUAGCCUGGGAAAAGCUUUGUGCGUCAAAGCAAUUCGGCGGACUGGGUUUUCGGAAUAUUGAUGAUUUUAACUCCGCUUUAUUGGCGAAGCAGUUAUGGCGGUUGAUAGAAGUGCCUGAUUCGCUCUUUGCACGGGUGUUUAAGAGCAGGUAUUAUCGGAACUCGCAUCCUAUGGAUCCUAUAAAAUCUUACUCUCCUUCCUAUGGGUGGAGAAGUAUUGUUUCCGCUCGCUCUCUGACAGAUCCCUGGGUUCCUGCUCAAUUCCCGAGACCAGCGUUAUGUAAGGGUUCUUUUAAGGAUCCUUCGAUCCAGAUGAAUGAUCUAAUUGAUCGGAGUUCUAAUACCUGGAGGAUGGAUCGUUUAGCUGAUCUGUUUGAUCCAGAAGAUGUAUCUUUAAUUAGUGCGAUUCCUCUGAGUCUUACACCACAAUAUGACUCUUUUGGUUGGCAUUUUACAAAAUCGGGUAAGUACAUGGUCAAAUCUGGAUAUCAUACGGCUCGAUUGCCACCACCACACAGUACUAUGCCGGUUGUAUGUGGCCCUGAUUGUGCCCCUUUAAAGGCUAGUGUUUGGAAAGUAAAGUGCCCUCCAAAAAUUCAGCACUUUAUGUGGCAAGUUCUCUCUGGCUGUCUUUCAGUUGCGGCUAAUUUAGGACGCCGGGGAAUAUCUUGUGACCUAGAGUGUAUGCGUUGUGGUUUUCCUUUAGAAACGAUUAAUCAUGCCUUGUUCGAAUGUCCUCCCGUACGACAGGUCUGGGCUUUGUCCAAUGUUCCAUCAGGGCCACAAAACCCGGGGGCUCAGGUAGUCGCCUUCCCAUGGAUUUUGUGGUAUAUAUGGAAAGCACGGAAUGCAAAAGUUUUUGAAAAUGUGGCUGAAAAACCGGAUGCGAUUUCACAGUUGGCGGCCUCUAAGGCAUUAGCCUGGUCUACGGCCCAGGUUGAGAACGAGGAAGGUUUCACGGUUCCAACAGCACCUAAUCCGCGGGUGGUGCGAGGUGUCUCCUCUCUUCCUAUUGCGUAUGAUGGGUUUCGUUGUUUUGUUGAUGGCUCAUGGAAGGAUACAGAUAAGUUUGCGGGUGCAGGCUGGGUGUGUACGUCUUCCACCGGUGUUUCUUUGCUUAUGGGUGCCUCCAACUUUAGGCGUAGUCUUUCACCGCUUCAUGCUGAGGUUGAAGCUUUUGUGUGGGCGUUACGCUGUAUGAUUGGUCAUGAAUAUAAAGAGGUGGCUUUUCUCACAGACUGCUCAGACUUGGUGAAGAUGGUGUCCUCACCAGCUGAAUGGCCGGCUUUCUCUGCCUAUCUUGUCGACGUUAUAGAGGAUAUGAAGGAGUUUACAAGAUUCUCGUUAACUUUGAUUCCUAGGAAUGCGAAUGUACUUGCGGAUCGAUUAGCACGACAAGUUCGUACUCAACCGCACGUGGUUACAUCUGUUAGCUGUACUUUUCCUAAUUGGCUUGUUUGA